AGUAAAUGUCAGCGAAUGGGAUGUUAUUGUAAUAUACAUUUUAAGUUCAAAAUUACACUGUGAAACACGCAAGCAAUGGGAAAUAAAAAUUAGUGAGUCUGUAGAGCAAUUACCAACAUGGAGUAUAUUUAAAGAAUUUUUGGAACAGCGCUUUAGGGCACUGGAGUUUUUAGAUACUAAGAGUUUAAAAAAUAAUAGUAAUCGUAAUGUACCACAUAAAGUUAAAGUAUUUCACGUCACUUCCAAUGUGUGUCCAUAUUGCAAUGAUAAUCACAAACUUGAUUCUUGUAAAAAGUUUGCAAAUGAUGACGUCAUUUCACGUCGUGACUUAGUCCAAAAGCAGAACUUGUGCUUCAACUGCUUAGGUUCUCGUCAUUCAGUAAUCGCAUGCCGUCAACCAACUAGAUGCCGCAUUUGUAGAAGGAAGCAUCAUUCCUUAUUGCACAAUCCCAAUAUAGGUCAAAAUGUAAAGGAAAACGUAGAUGAACCACCUGCCGGUGCAGGAACUGUGUCCACAGUAACCAUACCUCAGGGCGAUACCGCUCAAGCUCUUACAAGUUGUUUCUCCAACAUACACUCGCAAGUUUUAUUAGCAACUGCCUUGGUAUAUAACGAGUCCCGAACAGGCGCAAACAUAACUUUUAGGUCAAUGUUAGAUCAGGGUUCUCAAGCUUCGUUUAUAACGGAGUCUGCAGUCCAAUUGCUAGGACUGCAAAAAAUAGCAAGCAAAAGUUAUGUUUCAGUGUGGGGAAGUGAUACGAGUCCAUCGGUGGUCUCUAAGAAUGUUGUUUACAUUAAAAUGCAAUCACUUCUCAACCCUAGUUUUGUUAUUCGGGUGAAAGCUCAUGUUUUAAGCAAACUGACGAAUCUUCUUCCAAGCAAGAAGGUUGCAGUUCAAUUGUGGUCACAAUUUGCACAAUUGUCGUUAGCCGAUCCAACCUUCGAUACACCGCACAAGAUAGAUAUGAUACUCGGUGCUAAGGUUUACGGUCAAGUUUUACGUGAAGGUUUAGUAAAGCAUCCCUCAAGUUACUUAAUAGCUCAAAACACUUAUCUUGGGUGGAUAAUAUCUGGAGAAACAAAAGAAGCUGCUGGAGAGCCGAUUCAAUGCAACAAUCUUAUAGUGAAUAUGCAUCUUCAAUUGAAUGAAAAUGAUUUACUGCGAAAGUUUUGGGAGAUAGAAUCGGAUCCAGUAUCUGUAACAACAAGAAAAAUGUUAACGGAAGAGGAACAGAUGUGCGAAGAUAUUUAUGCAAGCACGACCAAAAGAGAUGCUUCUGGUCGUUAUAUUGUGAAACUUCCUUUUAAGGACAAUAAUUUUCAAUGUACUAAAGGCAAUUCUAAACAGAUUGCACUUAAAAGGUUGAACAAUUUGGAAAAAAAGUUAUCGAAAAAUCCAGUUCUCAAAAGCAGAUACUCAGACGUAUUUAAAGAAUAUUUAUCUUUAGGUCACAUGGAAGAGGUACCAGCAACGGAAAUAGAAAAAGUCGACGUAUGUUGUCUACCUCACUUAAGUGUUGUACGAGAAGACAAAAGUACGACACAAGUUCGUAUUGUGUUCGAUGCUUCUUGUCCUGGCACCAAUGGAGUGUCUUUAAAUAAUGACUUGUUGGUCGGACCUACCUUACAGGCGGACUUAAGACAUAUUCUUAUCAGAUGGCGAACUUAUCCAAUAUGUCUUACGUCAGAUAUCGUUAAAAUGUAUCGCCAGGUACUGAUUCGUCGCGAGGAUAUCGACUUUCAACGUGUCUUGUGGCGAGAAGAUCCUAAUUCGGAGCUGCAGCACUACCGCCUCUUGACCGUGACCUUUGGGACUGCCUCAGCCCCUUACUUGGCCGUUCGUACGUUGCAGCAGCUCGUUUACGAUGAAGGCACUCAAUUUCCAUUGGCUGCUGAAGCUGUGCUGCAACAUAGUUAUAUAGAUGAUAUUAUGUGUGGCUGUCAGAAUGUUCAAGAAGGUCAACUAUUAUAUCAAGAAUUGAAUGAAUUACUUACCAAAGGAGGGUUCGAACUGCAGAAAUGGGCCAGCAAUAGUGAAGAAAUGAUGGAAUGGAUGAAAAGUGAAGUACAGGCUGGUAAAGUGGGUGAAGCUAUUGCAAAUACUGGGCAGGAAGCUGGAAAAACAAACAAAAAAAUCGUAAUAAAAGCAGAUAUAAUAACAAAAAUUUUGGGUCUUACCUGGGAUAGGCAUAGUGAUACCUUUACGUACGCAGUGCAGUUGGCUCCACUCGAUGAACCUGUAACAAAAAGAAAAGUUAUAUCAGACAUUUCGCGACUCUAUGAUCCUUUAGGCUGGCUCGCCCCCGUCAUUAUAAAAGCAAAAAUAUUCAUUCAAAAGCUAUGGAUGUCAGGACUACAGUGGGAUGAUGAACUUACCCCUCAAUUGUUGUCAGAAUGGAUCACGUAUAGAAGUGAAUUGGGUCUACUCUCAAAUUUUGGGGUACCACGAUGGAUAAGAACAUGCAGUGAUGAUACAAGCGUACAGCUUCACGGAUUCUGUGAUGCUUCUAAUGCAGCCUUUGCAGCAGUAGUUUACCUGCAUGUCCUUGAUAAAAACGGAGAAGUUCACGUCCAUCUUAUAGCAUCCAAAACAAAAGUGGCACCGAUCAAGCAGAUAUCGAUACCCCGCCUGGAACUGUGCGGUGCAGUUCUCCUCACAAAAUUAAUAGUGGAAGUCUGUGAUGUUUUAAAAAUCCCCAAGCAACAAGCACAUGCAUGGACCGACUCAUCGGUAGUUCUUGCUUGGUUAAGCAUCCAAGCAGGUGGAAAGUAUUCGUGGCCAAUAGGGUAUCGGAAAUAUUAAGCAGCUUAGACAGAUCACAAUGGUCACAUGUGCAAUCUAAGGAGAACCCUGCUGAUUGCGCUUCACGUGGAGUUAUGCCAUCCGAUUUAUGUAAAAUUGAAAUGUGGAAGACUGGACCUGAGUGGCUUAAAGAUAAAACAAUAGAUUAUGGCAUUGAUACAAAGUGUGAGAGAGAAUACAGAAGAAAAAUCGGUAAAGGUUUGUCAAACACUAGCUAGCAUGGAGGAUAAUUCUAUUUGGGUAAGAUUCUCAACAUUGAAUAGACUCGUCAGAGUCAUGUCAUGGUGUAGAAGAUUUAUAUUACGAAGUACAAAACGCAACUCUGACAGUCUUCCUCAAUGGCUAACAGGGAAAGAGUUAAAUGAAACUUUAUAUAUAUGUAUCAAACAAUAUCAAUACCAGAGUUUUAACGAGGAAUUAGAAAGUUUAAGAAAGUAUGGUAUGGUUAAGAAAAAACACAAACUUACCUCUUUAAAUCCAUUUAUCGAUGCAGCAGGCAUAAUGCGAGUAGGUGGACGUUUGAGUAGAGCGAUGGUAAGUCACGAUAGUAAGCAUCCAAUUAUUCUUCCAUCAAAGUCACAUAUGACAAGUUUAAUAAUUUCUGAAGCACACUUAAGAACUAUGCAUGGGGGUCCUCAAAUAAUGAUAAACUACUUAAGAUCGAAAUAUUGGAUAAUUGAUGCUAAAAGUCAAGUGAAACGGUUUGUACGUAGUUGCGUAGUAUGUGUUCGUCAUGCAGCCCGUACUCGAGAACAAUUGAUGGGACAGUUACCAGCUGCCAGAAUAACUUCUAAUAAGCCUUUCAAGCAGAGCGGCAUAGAUUAUGCUGGUCCCAUCAACAUCCGAGCAUCAAAAGGCCGUGGUCAUCAUGCAUACAAAGGGUAUAUAUGUUUGUUUGUAUGCAUGACGACCAGGGCCAUACAUCUUGAAGUGGUUAGUGAUCUCACAGCCAAAGGAUUCAUCGCCGCGUUUAAAAGAUUUGUAGCAAGACGAGGUCACUGUUCUGAGCUCUUUAGUGAUAAUGAAACUAACUUUGUAGGAGCAGCUCGCGAACUGAAAUCUCUUCUCGCUGAAGAACGAUCUGCUUUGGUACCAGAAAUAGCACAAUGGUUGGCCUCCAACGGCACCGAAUGGCAUUUUAUACCACCCCACUCUCCUAACUUCGGAGGGUUAUGGGAAGCUGGUGUAAAGUCCACCAAGCACCACCUACGGAGAGUAAUAGGAACGUCGACACUCACAUUCGAGGAGAUGAGUACAGUGCUGGCUCAAAUUGAAGCAUGCCUCAAUUCGAGACCCAUGUCAUGUGUGAACGAAAUAAAUGAAGACGCAAUCGAUUUGGAUGAUUUACUGCCAAAAAUUGGUGAAUUUGGACUAUAUCAGAAGUUGUUAUUAUGGCUAGUGUGUCUGCCCGCAUGCUUGCCUUGCGGUUUUUGUGCCUUCAACCAGCUGUUUAUGGCAGACGUUCCAGACCAUUGGUGUAAAGUUCCUGAGCUUUUGAAACUAAAUCUUACACAAGAGGAUCGCAAAUCUUUAUCUAUUCCGCAUCAGAUAGCUGACGACUUUAUAUUUGAGAAAUGUGUUCGGUAUGCAGUGAACUGGACUGAAAUUAUGGAAACUGGUUAUCCAUUAAUUGUAAACGAAAGUUGGCCUCGAGAAUCAUGCAUACAGGGGUAUGAAUACGAUCUAUCAGAAAUUGUAUCAUCAAUUGUAAUCGACUUUGAUUUGGUUUGUGAGUACGAUGUGUACCCCACUCUUGGUCUAGUAGCAUUGAAUGUGGGAGGACCUAUAGGAGUCUACACGUUUGGGAUACUAAACGAUCGAAUAGGCCGAAAGAAAUCAUUCUUUACUUGCUUAACAACGCUUCUAGUGGGCAGCAUAAUGACGGCAUUUGCCCAAACGUACUGGAUAUGGGUUCUAGCAAGGACAAUAGUAGGUUUGACUAUUCCAGCGGUGUAUCAAAUACCAUUCAUUAUUUCUUUAGAACUCGCAGGUCCUAAUUACAGAUCAUUUGUAACAGUCAUGACGUGCAUAUUUUAUACUCUCGGCUUGAUUUUACUAUCGGGAAUCACAUAUCUACUACGCGACUGGAGAUCUUUAGCCCUUGUGACAUCAGCACCCUUUCUAUUGUACUACUUAUAUUGGUUUGUACUACCCGAAUCUCCGAGGUGGUUGCUGAUGAGAGACAGACUCGAGGAAGCGAAUACCAUCUUGAAAAAUAUAGCGAAAGUGAACAAUAAGGAAUUGCCAGAAGAAUUUACAAUGAAACUUCAAAAGUUAGUUUUAAAACAAAAAGAGAAAGGUUGCAAAAAUACUAAAAAUGUCAGUGUAUUUGCCCUAUUCAAGACACCUAAUAUGAGACUAAAAACAUGUCUAAUCACUUUAAACUGGUGUGCCUCAGAAAUGGUCUAUGUUGGGCUCAGUUACUACGGACCUGCUAUUGGAAGUAAUCAGUACAUAAGUUUUUUCCUCUCAUCAGCUGUAGAAAUACCAAGCUAUCUCGUGUGCUGGGUUUUAAUGGAUAGAGUCGGUAGAAGGUGGCCACUGUGCCUCUCAAUGGUUAUAAGUGGGAUAUUCUGCAUCACUACAGUAUUGCUUCCUACUGAUGCUUUAACGGAAACCCUUAUUCUCUACUUGAUAUCCAAAUGUUUUAUAUCUGCAUCUUUUUUGAUAAUAUAUCCUUAUGCUGGAGAACUAUACCCAACAGAGUUACGCGGAAUUGGAAUUGGUACCUCAGCAUAUAUAGGUGGCCUGGGUCUAAUCAUUAUACCGUUUGUAAAUUAUUUGGGCUCCAGCAACUUAGUUUUGCCCCUGGUGGUGAUGGGAGUACUAUCAGUUAUCGGUGGAUUAUCGUGUCUGCGCCUGCCUGAAACUCUGCACACAUCUUUGCCACAAACAGCAGAAGAAGGAGAAGAGUUUGGCAAAGAUUGGACUUUUAAAGAUUGCUUCGUGUGCGGCGUUCAAAGGGAAACCCCCGUUUCAGAAUCAUAUGAAAACUUGGAUCAUUUGGAAUUAACACAGGCGCCACUGGUGCGAGAAGAUGAGGUACCGGAAUUACCCUCAUUAAGACGGAGUUCGAUGCGUAAAUUGGUUCGCCAGUCGAGCACUUUAGAAACACAGAGGGAUAUAGAUGGAAGUUUAAAGAUGACUUAUUGGUUUUAACAUUAAAUAUUUGUUUUUAAUCACAAAAUGGUUAAAUGUCAUACACACGACUUUAAUGUCUCGAUUAGUUUAUCAGUCUAA